UCGAUGGAUAGAAACAGUUGCUGUUGAUAACCUAACAAAGCUACGGGUAAAACUGAUAAUUUACUUACCUUCUGAAGAGCAAAGCAUUCUGGAGAGAAAGACAAACGAAUAUCAGACCUGGAAUUUAAGAACUUAUUUUACGAAAAGUGAAAUUACCUGGCGACGACUUCUGGAGUAAGAGGAAAAGAAUGUUCAAGUUGGCCAUCGAUUUUAUAAGAGUGGAAGAACUCGGGAGAGAUUGUUUUAAAGACAUCGUCUUUUCGAAGCCAAUGCAAAAAGAAAUCAACUGUGAAAUAUCUUGAAUUUAUUCUUAAAUUACCAGAACGAAGAGAAUAGGAAUAAAUAAAAGAAAGCUUGUUUAUCGAGACUAGGAAAAGGGAACAUUAAAAGGCAGAAGCUUAUUGUUUACAGUGGGACACUUCUGGUUGGUCGAUUUUGCAACUAAAAGUGAAGUUUACUUAACAACCCUGUAACAGUGAUGAACCUUAAAGGAAUGGAAGUACCAAUCCAAUUUCGUUUGACUCUCAUAUUGCUGCCAGCUUUGACUCUAGUAUUUCUUAUGGCCCCGAGAACUGGAUUAUCAGCGUGUACAAAAGUCUUUUUCGAAGAAAUAACUUCAUCAAAAUGCUUACAGGAUACGAUUAGAAUAACCGAGAACACGACGUCUGCUAAUGAUUGUGCACUUCGGUGUAUUUUACGAAACCAGUGCCAAUAUUUUAGCUACUGUAAUGGCGCAUGUCAUAUGCAUCAAUCAUUUCACGACAAAGAAAUUAGGGAUUUUGAUUGCAACUGUUCGUCAUUUAUUUUGCUCUCUGGAAACGUUACAGAUUGGCAGAAAGUAUUUGAGAUGACCCCAAACUCAUUCAAAAGAAGUCCUAUUUAUUUAUACUGGGACAAAUUGCCCAUUGAAAAGGUGGAGUUUCGUUUGAAAAAAGCAUCAGGUGAUAAAGUAAUCAUUUUCGAUGGAACAGGGACGAAUUCUAUAUCGUGGUUCCAGAAAGAGAAAUUAAUUAAUCAUACAUUUAGCCAUUUCCUUCCAGAGAAAUUUACUUUCAAUGAGAAGUAUAUAUUAUCUCUUCUUAACUCAUAA